ACUUUUGUUAUGUGGUAAAUGGUAAUAGGAUAUUAUAGGACAUGCAGGGGAGAGACUAGAGAUAGAGAGCAUGCAUGUACUUAUCUCUCCUUUUUACCCGUUGUAAGCUUGUAACCAUAGUAACGGAAGCGACGCCGCACAGAGAGUCCAGGUCCAGGUGCACACGUUAUUCUGUUGCACCACGCACUUGCAAAUUGUGUCUUUAUUUUCAUCACUUUCGUCAAUGAAAAAUUUCAAACUCGCCGGUUGCAAUGAAUUUUUUUGUUCUUUGCUCCCUGGCUUUUGUUAUAAGUGAUGUGCUGUGUUUUGAUGAUGAUUUCGAUAUCAGCGGUUACAUAGCGUACUGUCCUUGCAUGGGCCGUUUCGGUAAUCAGGCAGAUCACUUCUUAGGUGCCUUAGGUUUUGCUAAAGCACUGAAUCGCACACUUAUUUUACCACCAUGGGUUGAGUACAGGACAGGAGAAGUCAAAUCGAUUCAAGUGCCUUUUGAUACAUAUUUUAAUGUAUCUGAGCUAGAAAAAUACCAUAGAGUAAUUUUAAUGGAAGAUUUCAUGAGAGACAUUGCACCAGUCCACUGGCCUCCAGAAGAAAGAAUUGCAUUUUGUUAUUCAGCUCGAGGAACAAUUGAUUCUUGCAAUGCCAAGGAUGGCAAUCCAUUUGGUCCAUUUUGGGAUACAUUCACCAUAGAUUUUGUUGGAUCAGAAUUUUAUGGACCAUUGCAUUAUGAUAUGCAUCACUCGGACAUGAAACUUCAAUGGAGGCAGAGGUACACUUCUGCAAAAUGGCCUGUUCUAGCGUUCACUGGAGCUCCUGCUAGUUUUCCAGUUCAACUUGAAAACAAGCAACUUCACAAAUAUCUAGUCUGGAGUGACGACAUGAUUUCUAGAGCAAAAAAAUUUAUAAAAAAAUAUCUGCCACCAGGUGCCUUUUUAGGUAUCCAUCUGAGAAAUGGCGUUGACUGGGUUAAAGCAUGUGAGUACAUUUCAACUGCUCCAAACUUAUUUGCUGCACCACAGUGCCUUGGAUACAGAAAUGAAAGGGGCAAGGCUACACAGUCAAUGUGCUUGCCUACCCAUGAACUGAUUGUGCGACAUAUUAAACGCGUGAUUCGCAAUAAUAAAGAUGUGAGCUCAGUUUUUGUUGCCUCGGAUAACAACUACAUGAUUUCAGAACUCAACAAAGUUUUGGAGAGAUUAGACGUCAAAGUAUUCAAACAAGAGGGAGAUGCUUCUCCUCAUUUAGAUCUAGCUAUUCUUGGCAGAGCACAUUAUUUCAUUGGAAAUUGCAUAUCGUCGUUUUCGGCUUUUGUCGCGAGAGAAAGGGAAGUUAAAGGAUACCCUACAUUCUUUUGGGGUUUUCCACCAGAAAGAAAUUCAAACACAAUUACUCAUGAAGAAUUGUAAGCCAUACAAAGAUCGAAGUAAUGAAAAUGUGAUAUUAAGUACU